AUGGAUAACCAGGAUAACAGUGAGACUAAGAAUCAUAUCGAUUUGCAUAUUAAGAAAGAACCAGACUAUUUAAAUGAGGAUUAUUUUGAGGUACCAAUAGAGACAAUUCAAAAAUAUGAGAUAAAAAUUGAAGACGAUCACUGUGUUGAUGCUGCUGCUGUUCUACCAUGCGACAAAGUGGACAAGAACGUGCCCAAAGGUAACGGUUUGCGGUGUGACGUCUGUGGCAAAACAUACAAAACGGUUCGUACUCUGCGCAAGCACAAAUGCAAAGGUUACAUUUCAUCAACCAAGCUGCAAUAUCCGGUUCCUGUGCGCUACGCAAAAACGUCUCUCCAGUGCAAUAUAUGCUCUAAACAAUUUGCUGAUACAUAUAUUCUUCAGACUCACAUGAUUCUACAUACUGGGGGCGAACAAGGACUCAUGUGUUUAGUUUGCAGAAAGCGCUUUCCUGCUUCAUCCGACCUGAGGAAACAUUACGGCGUGCAUACUGGGGAAAGACCACACGCGUGCAGAAUAUGCUUCCAGGGGUUCUCCAACCUUAGCGAUCUGGAACAACACAUUGAAAUCAAUCACGCUGCUGCUAAAGAUUAUGGCAUCGAGUGCGACGAAUGUGAACAGAUAUUUGUAAGUGAACAAGUCCUCAGCCAGCAUAAAAGCACCCGACAUGCUAAAUUUUCUUGUAAGCUUGGCUGUGGUAAAGCUUUCCGCUCGAAAGAAAAACUUAACGUUCAUGAAGCCAAAUGCACAGUGAACCCAAAAAAUCCUCGGUGUAAAGUUUGCUCUAAGGUCUGUUUAAACGCAAAAGGUUUAAAGAUUCACAAAAAAGUGCAUGCUAGAGAGCGAUUUAAUUGUGAAACCUGCAACCUGAGCUUCGUCACCCAGAGUGCUUUGGAGAAACAUAUACAUAUUAACAUCAGUAAACGACGGCAUGUUUGCGAGUUCUGUGGGAAGGGUUUCUUCAAAGCGUGCCAGCUGAAACUGCAUACUCCUUUGCAUUCCAGUGAUAAACCUCACAAGUGCGGUAUAUGCUCGAAGCGAUUCGCUGUUAUACACCAUCUGAAGUUACACAUGAUGCGUCGACAUUUCGGGAAACAAGAUCCUGCUGAAUGA